UCGUUUUCAAAACAAUUAAGAUGGCGGCGCACGCGAGAUGGCCUCUGUAUAAAUUGCUGCGAACGGCGAGAAAUGCAACUUUUAACUGGUUUCCAGAGAGGGCUGGAGUGUCAUACCACAGCCAGUUUCAGAGAGUCCUUUGUGAACCCACAAACAGAAGCCCACACGUCCCAACACGACAUGUUUCCAUCCAGACUGAAGACACGCCAAAUCCAAGAAGUUUGAAAUUUAUCCCAGAUAAGCCGGUUUUAGGAAGGGGGACGAUGGAUUUUCCCUCUCAGCGCUCGACAGAGUGUUCGCCUCUAGCCAGAGACCUCUUUGAAAUCGAAGGAGUGAAAAGUGUCUUCUUCGGCCCAGACUUUAUCACCGUCACGAAAGUAGACGAGGAUUUGGCGUGGACAGACAUCAAGCACAAUGCUAUGGAGGCCAUGGCGAAAUUUUUUGAGAGUGGCGACCCAAUCACAACAGGAAUAGUGCAUCCUGAAAGUAGUGUUUCUGAAGAUGAUGAUGAAGUGGUAUUGAUGAUUAAGGAGCUGUUGGACACCAGAAUAAGACCAACAGUGCAGGAGGAUGGCGGUGAUGUGAUCUUCAAAGGUUUUGUAGAUGGCACGGUGCAGCUGAAACUGGUGGGUUCCUGCACAGGAUGCCCCAGUUCCACGGUGACGUUGAAGAACGGCAUUCAGAACAUGAUGCAGUUCUACAUUCCAGAAGUAAAAUCAGUGGAGCAGGUGGAAGAUGAAGUGGACGAAGUCAACGCGAAAGUUUUCUCUGAGCUGGAACGCAAAUUACAAGAAUGAUCAAAAGGUUUAUUAAUAACUGCUGGUUGAGCAGAGAAACAAAAGCGCUGUUGCUGUGCAUAUACCUGUGCCUGCUAUUCACGUCAAGAUAAACUUCACUUUUUUCACAGAAAUGGUUUCACAUAAGCAAAUAAAGAUUUGCAAAUACACAUUUUGCAUAGUGUAUCAACAAAACAUGGUCACUUUUGUGAAAUCAGGCUAUGAUGGCUGAAGAUGUCGUAUUUAUUUUCGCUUUAUGAAUACUGUAUAUUUGAAAGGGUUUGUACAUGUGUAAUGAAGAUGUGAUUCCUGCUUUAUAGAAGGAGUAUUCAGACUGAAAUUUACAAUUAACUGUAUUAUAAUUCUGUGUGUUCACAUUAAAGUUCACAGUCAAGUACUGGACAAUGACUCAUUCAUUAGGACUGAAAGAAAACGCAGUUCCUCCACCUUUCACACUACAUACAGUUAACAUUUUUACUUUUAUAAUUUUGAAAGCAUAGUGAAGUAUCAAGAUUUAAAGUGGUUUAUUUAAAAGUGCAUUACAAAACAGUAGAUUUAGGAAUGAUGUCAUUGACGGCCAUCUUACAACAGAAACUGGCUGUAAGGUGGGUGAUUAACUUUUCAUACAUAAGAACAAAUAUUUUAAAUCUAUUCCAAAUUAUAAUAUUUUGCACAAAGAAUUAUGUCAUUUUUCUUCUUUGAAGUG